AUGCUACUACCAUGGAUUGCAAGCGUGGCCCUUGCCACAUCCUACGUAACAGCCAUUCGUUUCCACCAACCCCUAUCGAUUUCGUUGCUCGACAGAAAUGAUCCUCUAGUCAUCAAAUACAGAUUUUCUCGCAUCUCCACUCUAUGUCUAGCGAUGGUGAUAUUACUUCCUUGGAUCUUGAGUGUUUCUGGCAACUAUGCGGACUACCCUACAGCAUUACGUCAGUUUGGACUCUUUCCAGGCUUCUGCAAUACCCAUAGCUUCAAAACAGAUAUAUGCAACGUCUUCCUUGCUUUGUUCAAGAUUCUACUACUCUACUGUGGUCCUAUUGCCAACUACGUGGUCACCGGCCUGGCACGAAUGUGGAAACAGCACCUUCACGACGAAUUCAUGAGCAUAUGGGGAUUCAGAGACCAUGUAUUUGCACCCGUCUCUGAGGAGUUGGUGUACCGAGCAGGAGUGGUUUCAAUACUUCAGCCCUACUCAUCACACAUCACAGUGUACUCCCCGUUUCUCUUUGGAUUGGCUCACGUUCACCACGGAAUACAGCUCUACCGUGAUAUGUAUCCAGUUUCUCAGAUAUUUCUAAGUGUCUUUGUGCAAUUGGUGUAUACGUCUUUGUUUGGAAUGCUAGCCAACUACAUGUACAUUAGUUCAGGUGAAAAUUUAUGGUGUCCCAUAGUGGUGCAUGGUGUGUGCAAUUUAAUUGGAUUUCCGAGUUUCGACAUGCGAGAAAACCAUCCACGUUGGUUCUGGGUUUACUGUGGCAUGUUGGUUAUUGGGGUGGUGAUGUUUUUCAAGGUGUUGUAA